AUGAGUGCAAAAAUGUCUCCGAACGAACUGAAGAGCAUUUUCGAAAAAUACGCAGCUAAAGAAGGUGAUCCAAAUCAGCUGUCGAAAGAGGAGCUGAGACUAUUGAUUCAGACUGAAUUCCCCAGUUUACUAAAAGGUCCAAACACCCUAGAGGAUCUUUUUAAAGAACUGGACAAGAAUGGAGAUGGAGAAGUUAGUUUCGAAGAAUUCCAGGGGUUACUCAACAAGUUAUCCCAGUAA